GAUGCAAACAGAGACACGGCUUGUCCACUCCACACGGUCGUGUCCUCCAGGCGACAGGAUACACCUUCAGGGGCGGUGUAUACAGUAAGCAAUGGUGCCCGCACUUUAAAACCACAUGUGCUCAUAGCUAAAACGAGGGGAAAUUACUAUAAUUGUAUUGCCGUCUUCCAUUGUCAUACAUAUAUAAUUUGGAACCUUACAAUUGGACUCAACUGCACAAUGAAAUACAGCACGGUGUUUGUGUUCCUUUGUGUCUUGCUACAUAGGACGUGUUGUUCAGACUCUAUUUCCCCAAAGAACACAGCCGGAGACCAUACUAGAGCUGGAACGACAGCUUCUCCGAAACUAGGAACCUCUGGAUCAAGCAGACUUAUGUCUUCAGAAAAUGCACCGAAUACCACCCAAACAAUCAAAGCAGCAACUGAUGCUACGGUCGUCAUUGCAUCCAGAACCUCUCUUGCUGGUGACGGGUUGUCUACGAGCAUCGUCGAGUCGACAUCAGAUACACUCACGUCAUCUUCGGGUAAAGUCAACAGAACUCUUCCAAGACAAGACCCUUCCCUCUCCAUGUUGGUCAACAUGUUCCUCGCCGCCGCCAACACAACAUCCCCGACGUCUUCCUCACUUCCGCUCUCACUCAUGGCCAUGCAGAAUAAACUUCCAGGAGGGAUGGGGAACUCCCUCUUGCCGCUUCUCAUGGGGGGUGGGGAUGUCAAUCUGGGGUCUAUCACAGGUCUCUUUGAGAGCCUUGGUCCUCAACUGCCGUCCAUCUUGAAGGGGCUUAUACAGUCAAACACAAGCGGACUGGGAGCGGACGAACGGACAUGCUCUGAAGAUGUGGAUAUGUUCCUGGUCGAUCUCUUACAGGGGAAACCAUGGGCUCUUAGCAUGUUUGAUGCAUCCGGAAAACCAGGCACCUCCAUCAUGGAAGGGGCAACGACCUUUUUCGGCAACUUUGACGAAUGUCUUGACGGACCCAGGAAGGUGGACCCAACCUCGGGUAGAGAAGUAAAGGGGGACACCUGCGUUGUCUCCAUUAGUCCACCUCCACAGCUGAUAGGCAUGAUGGCAGGAACGGGUGGCAACGUGUUCUCCGCGAUGGCAAAUAGCAUAAUGAUCAACUGGCAUCUGUGUGUCCCUGAUACGUGCGGCAGUAACAGUGUCAAGAGUGGUAUACAGAGAUGGUUGUCACAGGUCAACAUGACUGUGAAGGGUGUCGUGUGCCAUGCGGAGAUCAAGUCUGGCCCCGUCGGUGAUGACACUGCCGCAGUAGGAGCCAUCGUUCUGACGGCCAUCUUGGGCUGUUUGGUCCUCGUGGGGUCAGCUCUAGACAUGAACAUCCGGGCUUCCAAAGGUCGUCGUGAUCAGGUUCCUGUGUCCCCCCGACUGGAUGCAGUUCAACUCUCUAAGAUCAGCACACAGCUUCAGUCUCACGACGUGGGGGUGCCAGAAACGCCAAAGGGUAAUAUGGCACUGAUGGACGAGUCACGACCCAACGUGGAGACUGUUGGAAUAGACAACCCUGCUGGUCCGAAAGUACAGGAGACGAAUGGUGGACACUUUGUAUAUCCUAACGGCGGACAGCAGCUCCGAUCAGCGGACAAACAACAUGACAACAAAUAUAAGCCCAAGUUAUGGCAGCGUGUCCUGUUGUGUUUCUCUGCCGUCAGCAAUGGGGAGAAGAUCCUCAGCGUCAAACGCUCACCUGGAUCUCUCACCUGUCUUAACGGCAUCCGGGUCCUCAGCAUGGGCUGGGUCAUUCUGGGUCACACGUUCCUCACUCUCCUGUCUAACGCAGAGAACCCACAAACAUUCGGCAGACUAACACAGAGCUUCAGUUUCCAAAUUAUCACGAACGCAACUCUGUCAGUCGACUCGUUCUUCCUGCUCAGUGGCCUGUUAGUGACGUACUUGUUCCUGAAGGAGACGGAGAAGGCUGGAGGUCUGAAGGUGAAGCACAUGAUCCUGUACUACGUCCACCGCUACUUGAGACUGACUCCCGUUUACGCCUACGUGAUAUUCAUCAACACGUUCCUGGUGGUGUAUUUGACUGACGGUCCGACUUGGGUGGGGCCUUCCGACACCCAGUUUUGUGUUGACAACUGGUGGACAAAUCUACUCUACAUCAAUAAUGUAUACAGAGAUGAAAAACCGUGUUUAGGCUGGGGGUGGUACCUGGCGAACGACAUGCAGUUCUACGUGGUAGCACCAAUGGCACUGAUCCCGUUAGCUUUAAGCUUCAGCAUGAAGAAUCGCACUGCUCGCAAGAUCCUCAAGGUGGAUGGGUUAUGUGUGAUUCUUGGCUUCCUCCUCACCAGCAUCGUCUCCACCGCCUACAUCACCCACUCCAUCGACGGCGAUCUAUUCCAUAAUGGAUUUGAGUUCUUCGACAAGGUGUAUGUAAAACCUUGGUGCAGGAUUGGACCAUUCGCCAUAGGGAUGGCGCUAGGCUACAUCCUUCAGAGGAAGAAAUCGGAGCUCAAGAUGUCUCCAUUCCUGCAAGUCGUGGGGUGGCUCCUGGCGCUGGUGGCGGCCGGGGCCUGUACACUGGACACCUAUGACAACUAUGGUGAGGGGAGACCCGGCUGGGGAGUAGAAGCCAGGACGGCUCACGAGACGCUGUAUAGACCCGUGUGGGGGCUGGUUUUGGCGUGGGUCAUCUUCAUGUGCUGCAAGGGCAAAGCAGGCAUAGUGGACUGGAUGUUGUCCUGGGACUGGUGGCAGCCUCUCUCUCGACUCACAUACGGGGCCUACCUCAUACACCUCUUGUUAAUCACGACGGAGUCUGCUACCAUGCGGUCACUCUUCUUUUAUUCAUCAGGAUAUAUUGUGUACCGCUUCUUCGGCUACGUGUGCAUGUCGUUCAUCUUCUCCUUCCUGCUGGCCAUCCUGGUGGAGGCGCCCAUGCUGCAGCUGGAGAAGUUGGUGCUGUCCUGAGUCACAGCAGCUUGCAUCAUGACCAGGGCCAACUUGCACAAAGCGAUCUUAGCCUUAAGAUGAUCGUAACUCCCAUGCUUUAACAUAGGCUUACAAUAGUCGUAGCGCUAAGAUCGCUUUGUGCAAGUGGGCCCAGUCUCAUUAAAAUCCACAAAGUGAUCGUAGCGCAACGACAGUCCUAAGUUUAUGUUAAAAUAUAGGAGGUACGAUCACUUUAGCGCUACGGUAGCAUUGUGGAACGGACCCCAGAUCUUUUACUCCGAUAUGAUACAUGCCUAGAUCUGAGGACACCUCCAUAUAAGGUUGAAUCAGGUGAACCCUAAGCAAAGUUUGACCGCCCAAUUAAAAUAGAUUGUUGAGCCAAUCUGAUGUCAGCUGUUUAAUGCAAUUCGGCUUAAUUUCAUGUCAAGAUCUGAGGACACGUCCAUAGAAGGUUGCGUCAGGUUGUGUUAGGUCACGUCAGGCUGCGUCAGGAUUCGUGGGCUCUUGAGUCAAGCAGAUGUCAACUUUCAAAAGCAAUUCGUCUGUAUUUUUGUACCGACUUGAUUCGGAAGUGUCUGCUGAAGAAAAUCGCCACACGGCAAACAAACCUCCACGGUAGCCCUUUCGGAUGUCGACGCCAAGGUGCUCACAAACGACAGGAUGUGUUUUCAAAUUAUCCAAAGAUCUGAUUUAGAUAAGAUUGUAUCAUAACCAAUCUAGGGUGCCAUCUUACAGGUUCACAAACAUAAUAUAUAGCCGAGCAUAAUCCACGCGUCACAUCCACGCAAACCUGAUGAUUUUGAAAUAAAAAAAUAUAAGCGAAUAAAUGAAUUCAUUUCUACUCUGAGAAGGUAUUUUUGAAAAUAUCACAAUGCUCUGUAAGUUUUGUUUUGGGCCACCACAUUUCUGGUUUACUAUUUCAGUACCAGUCACCAUAUACAGUCUAGGAUAUUGGAUUCCCCUCCAAUGAAUCACAUCGUUUGGUGUUUGAGCUGCCAUACCCCGUGUAUUCCAAACAGACUCCGGCUGUAGCAACUUCCCUGGCGAACACACCACGUGGUCACGGACCUCUAGACUUGUAACCCAGAUAGUCACAAUCAAAGUUUCUACCUGCAAUGGAACGGUUUAGUUGGUUUCAUCCCUGUA